CGAGAAUUUAUUCAAUAUAAUUUAGGUUUUUUGAAGGUGUCGGCGAGCCAAUCAACGUCAAGGACGCACAUUCUGUUUCGAAACGGCCACAGGACAUGCGAUAAAUUCAAGUGUUCUUCAUCUGGAUGGCGGAUGGCACGACGACGACGACGGCAGCGGCGGCACCGAUGUCCAAGCUACAGACAUCUUUAUCUACGUCGUCCGACAAUCUAGAAGCAUUAUCUCCGAACGCACCCUCGUUGACGUCCCGCGUCAUCGCACGCUCGUCCGUGGGUACCGAGUUCUACCUGUACAAGCAUCAAGUAGGCGGACACAAACCGCUUCUGCGCAGUGCCCCUGGUGAAGUCUGUAAACCAGCACUCCCCCUUGAACUCCAGUUUUACCAGGGACUAGCAUCGACGUAUCCCCAGCUCAUUCCAUUUGUCCCGACGUAUCUUGGCACGAUCGUCGUGGAUCUGCAUCCAAGCAGCAACGGCAGUGACAACGUAGCUGACCGCACCAACUCGGAUUCGGUCGCAUCGACGAAGUCGUCGUCCACAUCCAAUGCCACGCGACGACCGAGUCGGUCCAUGGACCACCGCGGCGUCAGUUUGAUCCUGUGGAACAAAGAGAUUGUUCGAGACCAAUCGUCCUUUCUCUGCGAAUACCUCGUGUUGGGCGAUCUCACCCAAGGCUACACGCGGCCGUGCGUCCUCGACAUCAAGAUGGGCACUCGACAGCACGGAGCAGACGCAUCUCCCGCGAAAGCGAGAAGUCACUCGGUCAAAUGUGCCAAGACCACGUCGGCGACGUUGGGGUUUCGGCUCUGUGGUAUGCAGAUCUAUCAACCUGCGGACGGGCGAUAUGUGUUGCGAGACAAGCAUUGGGGUCGACUUUUGCAACCUGGAGACAUUCCACCGGCUCUCCACUUUGUAUGAAAUCUCCUGAUCGAUGGUAGUGAGGACGAUUCAUAGUCCUAUGGUGAUGGAUGGUGGUGGAGCGACGAGGCUGACGUUGUGCUUCAUUGUAGUUUCUUUCGACGGGGGACGCGCUUCGAAUAGAUGCUGUGGAACAGUUGGCGUCGCGACUGCGGGAACUUCAAGCAGUGGUAGAUGGAAGGAGUUCUUUACCUAGAGGAACCUCAUUCCCAUGGAGUAGAUUGAACGCACCACCGGCAUUCGAUUCUGGGGAGCGUCGCUCUUGCUCGUGUACGAAGGGGACCUCGCCGUAACGUCGACGACCGUGCGGACGGAUGUGCGAUUGAUCGACUUUGCCAACUGCCAUCACGACCCCAGCCUUGUCACCCCAGAUGACGGGCUCUUGCUCGGCCUAGACAACCUCAUUGCCCACCUAGAUCAGAUCAACGCUGACGCCGCCUAAUGCAUGCUUGUCUGAUCGAAAUUUGAAAUGUGUUGGCAUAGAAUUCCGGAUAAAUAUCGCCCGG